AUGUCUCCUCUCAACAUUGACGCCACCACUGCGCUUGAUCGCACUUUCGACAGCGCCUCCAUCGACAUCGUCAACAUGAACAACUCGACUCCUGACACAACAAUCACAGUAACGGACGACUCCAAGCCCCGCACGGAAACUCCCAGCUCAACUAAAGUCAUCAUCGCACUGAUCGUUAUGACCAUCCUCAUCGUCAGCACCUCUUUGAUCAGCUUCACGGCCUUGAUCUUCGCUCUCUCCCACACGACUGACACUACCACGGACGCCAAUGUCGCCUCUGGCGACUGUACUAUUUCGGACGGCAACACCCAGGCGACAGUUGACACUGUCUCGAAGGCCGGCAACAUUCCGGAGGUCACCAUCACUACUCUGGAUGCAACCCUCAUGACCAACAAGGACCUCACCAUGGCUGCUUCCAACGCCGACAUUGCCCAGGAACUCGACGGCACAAACGUCAUCACCCCCGACAUGAAAGCCGGCAGUGAAGACAGCAUCACCUCGGUUGCUCUCACCGAAAGCGAAGUCCAUGUUUAUCGCCACGUCCGCCCAACCUUCGAUAUCGUCGAAGUCUCUACACCCACUACAAUCUCCGAGAGUGCCACUAGGUCAACUAACUUCGACAACGACUACUUCGGUGGCCUCGCCUCUGAUAUCCUCGAUUUCAAGAGCCUCCAGAAAUGUCUCGAGGAAGACCAAAUGUGGCUCGCCCACAUGCCAACCCCUAAUCCGGCUAUCACUUCUGGGUCCAAGCCCUCAUUCAUUGUUAAGACGAACAAGAUCGCCAAAGCGGCCCGUCCCGCACCGAAGAUCAACUACACUUCGAUCUGCAAACUGUCGAUGAUUCAAGAGGAGGACGAGGAAGAGAUCGAGUUCCCUCGCUCUUCCUCCGACGAAGCCGACAGCAGCAUCGACAGCCUCACCGACUUUGAGGAAUUUUCCGAGUCCGAGGAGGAGAUCAUCGCCUUUGCAAAGAAGGUUCACAGACUUUGCGACGAACUUGAGAAGGUCGAGCGCUUCUCGGACCCGGUCGAGGAAACAAUUGCCCUCGCCAAAGACAUCGAGGCCACGUUCCAACAAUGGGACGAGGAGGAUCUCGAGGCCUUCUCCGACAGCGAGGACGAUGCCAUUGCCUUGGCCAAGCAGAUCGAGGUCAACACCCGACCCAGCCCGCCCGACUCUCCUACGCCGCAGACACCCGAGGGCACCGGGGCCCGCUUCACUGAAUCGGGAUUCCUCAUCGAGACUCCGGACCAUAGCCCGGCUCAGCGCGCACCCAUCAGCUCUCCUGCCCAAACCCCUGAGGCUGAGUUCAUCUCAAAAACUCCUGAGGCCACGCAUCUUCCUCACACUCCGCUCAGCGUUCAUGCCCAAAAGCCCAUCUUCGCCUCCCCUGUAGGGUUAUGUUUGCAACACAUCCGCAAGGUCUCAAACGAGACCAACACUACAGAAGAAACAAACGACACGGCUGUUACUCAGGCAACCAACCCUACGGCCGGUUCUCCUACAACCAUCUACUCGAGCCCAGACAACGUAACCGAGUACCAGGCUAUGACUGGCUUUACCGUCUGCCUCUCCGCCAAAAAGGGUACCGGGAUCACUUUUGAUCCCAUCGUCCAACCCGGCGAUGACAUCCACUAUGACAGAAGAUUCUUGAAGGAUGAAACUCCGUCGCCAUCACCAGCGCGCUGCCGGAGCUCGGCCAGCAACCAGUCCACACCAUCCGACAAGUCAGAGGAUAUGAGCACUCCCUACGACUACACCCACCAUUCCGGCGACUCAGAUAUACUAGCCGUUCUGAAGCAUCCCGGCGGUGCCAGCUACGCCAAAAUGAGCUGCGGCAACUGGUUCUUCUUGAACGACGACGGAACACUUGAUGAGCUUAACUGGCGGGAAUACGAGGAGCUCAUUGAGUUCAUCGUCGGCGACGUUGCUUCUCUCCCCUCCAAGCUCCACCAGGUCGCACUACACGCCGCCGCAAACACCACGGAGACCAACGCGAAGAACGUCACUGAGCCCGUCACCGAGGAUAUCACCGCGGAGGUUGCCGGGGUCAUUAUCAAUUCGGACCAACCAGAUGAAAAAUGGUUCAAGGCAGAGGAGAUGCCCCCUAGAUGGUUCGUGAUGGAGCACAUUCGGUGCCCAGGCGAGGAAAUCUCCUACUACGCCGAAUACGUUCGGGGCAGCGAUGACAGGUGGUACUUCCGCCUGGACGGGCCGGAAUACAGGCCCCUGGACGCACGCGAGCUCCGGUGGUUUCUCAAUUGGCGGGCUAGCACUCGCCCAUUGACCUACAUUGUCGAGCUCGAGGAAGAGGAGUGCUUCUGA